GAUUUUCUAAUUUUGCCAGAGUUACUUCAAAUUGGAAGCGUCUCUAUUCCUAGUCUCUCCUUCACCUCUCUGCUAUGUAUAGAGGAAUUCUCCUCUUUGCUGCUUACACAACUCUUCUCCUUCUGAUCCAUCCAUUUUUGGUUGGUUCACAAACUUUACAUCCUGCUAAGAAUCAUAAUAAUGAUUGUGCCCUUUCUUGUGGCAGUAUUAACAUAGCCCCUCCAUUUCGACUACAAGGAGACCGUCAAGACUGUGGAAACAAGAGGUAUGAGCUAUCUUGUGAGACAAAUAUUACAGUAUUAUAUUUGUACUCGGGGAAGUAUUAUGUGCAGGAAAUCAAUUACGAUAACUUCACUGUCCGACUUGUGGAUUCUGGUGUUCAGAAUAUCAACUACAACUUUUCCAAUCCUCUUCACUCCUUAACCAGCUUCAACUUUAGUUAUGAAGAUUCGUACAGCUAUCCUGAUCAAUACAGAUAUGCAGAACCAACAGUUCCUAUCAUUUUUUUGAGCUGUGCAAAUCCAGUGAAUUCUUCUCUCUUUGUUGAAGCUGCUCCAUGCAUCAUGAACAAGAAUAGUUUAAGAAGGGACUCUAAUUCAUAUUUCAUUGUUGGCUCCAUAAGGCCGGCAGCUUUGGUGGACUCAUGUAAAAUAACACAAAUGGUUUCUUCAUCGGUGUCAAUAACUAAACAUCCCACGAUGUCCUGUCAAGGCUUAUACGAUGAGUUAGUUCAUGGCUUUGAACUUUCAUGGUUUAACUAUGGAUGUGGAAUAUGUGGAAAACACGAGAUCUGCUCCAGGAACAGAAACCUGAACAAAACAGAUAUCUACAGCUGCUUCGAGAUAAAAGGACCUUGGUACAGGACAAUACAAAUUAAAAUAGAGAGAAUGCUAAUCACAAAUUAUAUCAUUUACCCGGAUGAAUUCCUCAUUCGGCCAAUUCUCAGCGCACUGGCUUACUUUGUACUAUUCCAAGCAGCAAAGCUUUUAUUUGGCUCUCCCUUUGUGAUUGCAUUACUAAUCUACAAAUGCCGAAGGAGGCACUUGUCUAUGUACGAGAACAUAGAAGACUUUCUGCAGAGUAACAACAAUCUCAUGCCGGUGAGGUACUCUUACGCAGACAUCAAGAAGAUGGCGAGAGGUUUCAAGGAUAAACUUGGUGCAGGAGGGUAUGGUACGGUUUACAAGGCAAAGCUCCGUAGUGGCCAUCUUGUAGCCAUCAAGAUGUUGGGUAAAUUCAGAGCUAAUGGGCAAGAAUUCAUCAAUGAAGUUGCUACCAUUGGAAGGAUUCACCAUGUUAAUGUGGUGCAACUUAUUGGAUUUUGUGUAGACGGAUCAAAUCGUGCUCUCAUAUAUGAAUUUAUGCCCAACGGUUCUCUUGAAAAAUAUAUUUUUUCUCAACCAGGGCCAGAAGUCAUCUUCUUGAGUUGUGAGAAAAUAUUUGAAAUCGCACUUGGUGUGGCUCGUGGUAUUGACUAUUUACAUCGGGGAUGUGACAUGCAAAUUUUACACUUCGACAUCAAGCCUCACAACAUUCUUCUAGACGAGAAUUUCACACCGAAGGUAUCUGAUUUCGGGUUAGCAAGGCUAAACCCGUUGGACAAUAGCAUGGUGCCUAUGACAGCAGCAAGAGGUACCAUAGGAUACAUAGCUCCAGAACUAUUCUACAAAAACAUCGGAGGCAUUUCAUACAAAGCCGAUGUAUACAGUUUUGGCAUGUUGUUGAUGGAAAUGGCUGGUAGAAGGAAGAACUUGGAUUCUACUGUUGAGGAUUCAAGCGAGUGUAGCCAAAUGUAUUUUCCUACAUGGGUCUCAGACCAAUUAACUGAAGGAAAACAUAUAGAAAUAGGAGAUGCCACAGAGGAAGAAAUGAAAAUCACAAGAAAAAUGAUCAUAGUGGCAUUGUGGUGCAUACAAAUGAAGCCUAGUGAGCGUCCUUCUAUGAACGAAGUAGUAGAGAUGCUUGAAGGGAAGAUUGAGAGCCUAGCAAUGCCUCCGAAGCCUUUCUUGUAUCCACAACAAAUCCCCUCUGACAAGGAUGUUGAGGAUGAUUCAGGAACAAUUAAUGUUGUUUCGAUAAACGAUCGAUGA